AUGGCCAGCGAAAAGUCACAAAACCCAUUUGAGAACUUGGACAGUCCUUCCGAUAGUGUUGCUGGGCCAUCAAAUACUAGCCCAGCCAACGCGGAACCCCCACCGUACACCCCAACAGCAACAGACUUGGGCACCGACUCACCACCCCAGCCGGGCACCACUCAAUCAAACAAACCGAUAGCAAUCCCCGCAAUAGAACCCUCCUUCGACUCCCCCUUCCUCCGCGCCUACGCCCCCAUAUUAACAGCCUACAACCUCCCCCGCGAAUCCUUCUUCACCUUCCUCGACCACCUCAACAAACUCAUAACCAGCAACCCACCCCUCCAAGUCCUCGACGCAACAGGCGGCAUCCUCCAAUCCGUCCCAAUCCUAUUUCCGCUCCACUGGCUCGGCUCCGCAGUAAGCGGCCUCGCGAAUCUAGGAAGCCAUGGAGUCUCGAAAUCACGCACGGACUCGUACAUCCGGCAAGCGAACCAGGAGAUUUUCGGACCGAGGGGGUUGAAGGUCGAGAUUGUGAAGCAUGAUGCGUUGGCGUAUAUUGCCAACAUACCGAUUCUGGAUUCGAAGGGGAAAGUUAGUCGGCAGAUGCCUGAUUCGCAGCGACUUUUGAAUGAGGCGGGCGCGGGCACUGCCACCUCUGCGAAUUGGCAGGGACUUGAGCAGGGACAGGUGCAGGGUGGGGUUGAUUUGCAGCAACAGCGAAUCAAAAUCUUGCAGCCGUGGAUUGCUGAGCUUGAGCUUGAUAUUCUGCCGUGGACGUCCAAGUCGAAAUUAACCCGGUUCAAUGCGACGUUGAAGAAGAAGAAUGGGACGGAUCCAGUGGAUUCUGGAAGCGGCCGAAGAAGUGAGUCUUAUUAUGAGGAGAUGAAGUUUCGGAAAUGCUUAUGGCUUCUUAUACGGCCGAAUGUAUAG